AUGCCCAUAACAUCGGAAGAAGAAGAGGAGGACGGGACACUUCUGUCACACCCCUCUGAAGAAGACCACCACGACGAUGGCUCGAUAUCCGGAGAAGACUCUUACGACGACGAGGAUGACAUCUCGGACGAUGUCUCAGACGACGACGAGCACCUCGCGCCUCCACCACCCGUCUCGCAACACACAUUCGCCCCACCCUUCUACGGCCGGCCACCGACCCCUCUCCCGCCCUCCCCCUCUUUAACAUCCCUCCUGCGCCCCUCGCGUCCCACGACCCCAGACGCCUCAGACGACGAGACGGUAGCCAACGGCGGCGGCGGUCCCGAGGGCAGCGGUGAGCCCCUCCCGCGCGCCAGCCCGCGCGUGCCGACGUACGAGUACUACGGUUUCGUGCUUUACCUCUUCAGCAGCCUGUCGUUUCUGAUUUACCUGCUGUGGGCGUACCUGCCUUCGCCGUUCCUGCACGCCUUGGGGAUCUAUUACUACCCCAACCGGUGGUGGUCGCUGGCCAUCCCGAGUUUCUUGACAAUGACGCUGGUGUAUAUCUAUGUCGCGCUGGCGGCGUAUAAUACCGAGUACUUGACGCUGCCGCUGGGAAGCAUCGAGACGAUUGUGGAUGAGGCGGCGAUGAUGGCGGUGGUGGAUUCGAGGGGACAUAUCAUCAGGCAUGAUAAGAAGGGAGGUAUUGUUGCCGGGGGGAGGACUAAAUUGGAGGGAGUGUGGAAUGAGGGGACGGAUGCGGUGAUGGAUGUGCCGCUGGCGGGAGUUUGUGAGGUUUUGUAUGGCGAGGGGAGGGAGAAAGGGGCGGAGAGUGAGGAGGAGGAGGAUGUGUUGCAUACUGGUGGGAACGGGUUGGAUGGCUCAAGAGUCGGUCGAUGGGGCUAA